GGACCCCCAUGCCAUUCCAUUCAACUCAAUCCAACUAACUUGGAAGGAACGCGCAGCUCAGAGUCAGAGGAGGGGGCCGGUCUGGGUCAGGGUCCGGUCAGAGGCCAGCGACGGCGCCGUCGCCCUCCCUCGAUUCCCUUCAAACCUGGCCGCCGCCCCCAAUUUCCUUCCCCUCCCCUCAAAUUUGGCCGCCUCCCCUAUUUUUAUCCCCUCCUCCCCAGAUUGCUCGUUCGCUCCUUGUAUAUCCCACAAGAAGAAGAGACGGAUUCCCCUGCAGCUGCAGGCAGAUUCAUCGUCCCCUUCCUUGCCUCCAUCCCUCCCUGGAGCAAGGAAGCAGGCGGGCACCGGCUGCCGUCGUCCACGGGGCUCGGCUGUCAACCCACCUUGGCAGCCACCCCACAAUUCCGCCUCCAGCUUCUCCGGCCACCCAGGACCGACGAGGACACACACGGUCCGGGUUUGUUGGCCGAGCUGGGGCACACAAAUCUCGUGGCACACAUGUUUUCUCCCUCUCUAUUUGCAGCGCUUGAAUGAAUCCAGUUCAAUUUAUGCCAACCGCGUGCCAGGACCGACACGACAGCUUGUUGAUCUCUUCUUCUUAUGUAUGUAUGACUCAGGGCAGGGCAGGGCAGGGCAGAGCAGGACAAACACAUACCACAACACCAGCUCCUCCUCCUACUCAUUGGCAGAAUCUGAUUGAUUGAUUGCUGAGAGGCACCAAAAGGGAUAUGGCAUCCUUCCACCGGCCCCUCUCCGCCAUGGCGGUCGCCGCCUUUGCCGCCGUCUCCUCCAUCGAGCUGCCUGACAAAUUCUCCCACCACAACAGGCUCCCCGACGAUGUCGUCUCUCUUCCCGCCAGCAAACCAGAGGCCAUCACAGCACCUUCAGCCCCGCCGCUGUCCGGCCUGCAGUUCAUGCCACGGAACCUCCAGGCUUUUGACCCGGCAAAGGCGCCCGUCGCGUCCCUGCCGGUCAUUCAGACGGUUUACCAGUACGCGAGGUUCGCCAAGACCUCACCGGAACAAGAGGUGGCGUUACCGGCCAUCCCUUCCUCCUCGUCGGAUGCUCUGUACCGCUGGCAUCUGCCGGACCCGAGGGCGUGCCACGGCUCGCCCGACAGGUCCCAGACGGUUGUAGUUUUGCUCGGCUGGCUGGGCUCGAAGCAGAAGCAUCUGAAGAGAUAUGCCGAUUGGUACACCUCCAGGGGGUUCCACGCCGUCACCUUCACCCUCCCCAUGUCCGACAUCGUCAGCUAUAAUGUCGGAGGGAAGGCCGAGAAGAAUGUGGAGAUGCUCUCUGAACAUCUUGGUGAUUGGGUCAGGGAGGAGGACGGGAAGAAGAUUGUUUUUCACACUUUCAGUAACACCGGCUGGCUUUGCUAUGGCGUAAUACUGGAGAACUUGCAGCGGCAGGAUCCUUCAGCAGUGGAGAAAAUCAAGGGUUCCAUAAUCGAUUCAGCGCCUGUUGCUGUUCCGGACUCUCAGGUGUGGGCUCUAGGUUUCUCAGCUGCUAUCAUGAAGAAACACAGUGUGGCAACAAAAGGCGCUGCACCAAAUACAAGGUCUGACGUCAUAGUUGUGGAGUCCCAGAAAGAUAUCAGACCAGCAGCUACCGAGGCGGUUCUACUAUCUGCAUUGGAAAAGUUUUUUGAUCUUGUUCUGAACUAUCCGGCCGUAAAUAGGAGGUUGUCUGGUGUUAUGGAGCUUUUGUCCUCAAACCAACCAAGCUGUCCUCAGCUGUACAUAUACAGCUCCGCAGAUCGGGUUAUCCCAGCAAAGUCGGUGGAGUCAUUCGUGGAGAGGCAACGGAAAGCAGGGUGCGAGGUGAGGUCGUGUGACUUUGUGUCGUCCCCUCAUGUCGACCAUUACCGCAGCAAUCCGGGGCUGUACACCUCUCAGCUGACCAACUUCUUGGAGGACUGCGUGCUGGCCCGCCGCGAGGACUCCUCGUCGCCGUCACCGUCUGCAUAGGGUGUUUCUGCAGCAAUACCAACAUAUUCUUUCCUGGUGAUCCAUUGAAAUGUACCAGGAUUAUACAUCGACUAAUUAUACAUCUGACCCAAUUUACUCGUUCCUUGUUGUUGGUUCGCUUGUGGGUUUAUGUUAGGAGGCACAACUGUAAAAAACGUGAGGGAGAAAAGCAAAACAAAAUUAUGGUUGGCUUGCUGUUGGUUCCAGUGCACAAGCACAAACCAUUGAUUUGUGUGGGAGGGAGAUGUGUUUGUUUCUUUGUGCAUACUCUGAAUCUCGAAUGACUGGUUUACUUUC